GGCUCGGCUCCUCGGUUCCGUUCGGCCUCGGCUCGGUGCCUCGAUUCGGCUCUGCUCGGCCGACUGGGUUUGGCUCUGCUGGGUUCGGCUCGUCCCGGCGGGCGGGCGAUGGCGGCCUGGUCGCGGUCGGUGCGGGGCGUGCUGCUGGACAUCAGCGGGGUCCUGUACGACAGCGGCGGGGACGGCGGCGGGACGCCCAUCGCCGGCUCGGCCGAGGCCGUGCGCAGGAUCAAAGCAUCUGGCCUGAAGCUGCGGUUCUGCACUAAUGAAACCCAGGCGACCCGGGAGAAGUUUGUGAAGAAGCUCCAGGGCCUGGGCUUUGACAUCUCCGUGGCUGAAGUCACUGCCCCAGCACCAGCAGCCUGCCGCAUCUUGAAGGAGCGUGGCCUGAGGCCACACUUGCUCGUGCACAAUGAUCUUGUUCCUGAAUUUGCUGAGCUUGAUAAAGCACACCCAAACUGUGUGGUUAUCGGAGAUGCAGCAGAGAACUUCACCUAUGCAAACCUUAACGAAGCUUUCCGAGUUCUCAUUGGGAUGGAGAAGCCUGUUUUGAUCUCCCUUGGAAAAGGACGCUACUAUAAAGAAACCGAUGGUCUGAAACUUGAUGUUGGAGCAUAUAUGAAGGCAUUAGAGUACGCUUGUGAUGUUGAAGCUGAGGUAGUGGGGAAACCAGCAAAACCAUUUUUUGAGUCAGCCUUAGCAGAAAUGGGAGUUUCACCACAGCAGGCCAUCAUGAUUGGAGAUGAUAUUGUGAAUGAUGUAGGAGGUGCCCAGCAGUGCGGGAUGAGAGGUGUGCAAGUGCGGACAGGGAAGUACAGCAAAGAUGCCUGAAGCACAACCGUGGGCAGCGUUUGGUUUCUGAGUCCCAAAUGAAGCUGAGAAAACUGCUGUUGCUGUGUAAACACCAUGUCAAGAGCGGAUUUCAUGCAUCCUGCUCAGCAUUUUUGAACAAUAAUGAAAAGAGGGGGAAAGUUUUACCAUAUCAAUGUCUAAUCUAAUAUGGAACCAAUUGAUUUGGUUAGAGACUGAGGGAAGUUUUGAGGCAUACCAGCCCUUCUUGGGGUUUUCAUGCUUCUUAGAUCAUCACAGCACUGAAACUCUUCUUACAGACAGCCCGGUUUAUAGAUAUCUGCCACAGCAACGGGUGCAGACGAGCUGCUUUUCACUUCUGCAGCCUUUGGGGAGGGUUUGUCUGACUAAGCAUGAGUAUAUUUCUGGUUGUCUGCUGGGAAAUGACCAGGCUGUGGUUGCGGAAGUGUUCCAUUGGCAUCAACCAAGCCCAUGGAAGACAGAUGAUGGUGCAGGCAGGGUUAGGAAUUGACUUCCUAUACCAGGGUUAAGUGCAUGGCCCAGAGAGGGGCUUGGGCAGCUUUUCCAUGUUUUAGCCUCUGUAAAGCUUCUCUGACUGAGAGACAAAUCUCUAUUGGCAACUAGACUGUGAAAGUUCUUAGCGUUUGAUCCCUGAUACUUCUUAUUAAGUACAACCUAUUAAAGGUCUUUUCCAACCUAGUUGAUUCUAUGAAGUAACCAUGUGAAAGGCAGGGACCUAAACCUAAGCAGCUGGGAUAAAUCCUGUGUAUGCCAGCAGGGAAUGCCAGUCCUGCUGUACAUCAGCUGCUCCAUUACAGACCCAUUGUUUCACGGGGUGUUAGUGGAGCUGACAUAAAUGAAACGAAGCACACACUUGAAGAGCUGGCUUUUAUUCUUGCAGACGGAGCUCUUUAUUUUGCCUUGCUGCUUGAGAUGUUCUAGCACUCGACUUCCUUGUCAUCUUUAAACUAUGUAGAGAGGUGGGGAGUUGGCUUUUACCAAAGCGAAUGGACUUGUGCUUUGAAAAGUCCCUUCCUGCAGUUUUUGGCAUGACUGAUCGCUCUGCUCUCAGCAGUCCCCAGGCUUCAUGAUACAGUAGUUUUGUACAAAGCUGUAUUUUUAUGCACAUAUAAGCUUUUAAAGCUGUGUCUUUAAAAACACGUGCCUAGAUAGCAUUCCUGUAGCUUCACACACAGUUGGAGAUGGGUGCGGAGGACUUGGGAAGAGGGCUCAGGGUCUGUGAGACAGUGGCCAGAGGUGCUGGCAGACACGUGGUGAUGGCCAGCGCUGCUGCACGUAGCACAAGUUGGCAAUCACAUUCAGAGAAAACCAAUACAUGAUAAAAGACUGUUACAGCACGAAUUCAGCAUAUUGUGCACUCCUUAAUGAAUUAAUGUCCUUAAUGAAACACUCACAUCCCCUUCCCCACACCGAAUCCUCAUCUCCUCAUCACAUAGAGCCUCAUACGUAGGGACCUACAGAGCAACUCUUUUCCUCUUGGCAGUCACUGAUUUCCAUGUGUUUUUUUUCACCAUGCCUUUCUAGCAGUUAAAUACGAACACUAAUGCAUUUAUUUCUGAAGCAGAGCUUUGAGAUCCUGCCUUAACUGUGCUCACAGGGGCAAGAACAGAGGUUAAAACUAACACUGGCCACGGGAUCAAUUGCUCACACACUCAGUUUGAACGUACAUGAGCAUUCCAUGU